UACCCGCUUUCGUCUCUCUCACUGGUUUCAUUUCUCAACAAGGUAAAAAAAACCAGUAGCCCUUCCUGCCUUCCAUGGACUCCGUAAUCCAUGCGCAACCUCUCUCUCUCACCCGUCUACGCGCCACCGGCUCAUCCACUGCAGCUUCCUCAGCUCACCCGAUGCUGUGGCUUACGCCCUCUCGCUCCAGCUGUGGACUACUCUCCCUCUCCUCCUCCUCAUUCACCAAAGCCUCCGAUCGAUGUCUGCAGCCGCGGACACGGAGGCCUUCCCCAAUCGCCGCAAGCGCCACAGUGAUGGACAAUUCUGUCUCGCCAAGAAGUGGAGUGUAUACGGUUGGUGAUUUUAUGACAAGGAAAGAGGAUUUGCGCGUGGUAAAAGCUACCACGACUGUAGACGAGGCUCUUGAAACUCUUGUGGAAUGCAGAAUCACUGGCUUUCCUGUGAUAGAUGAUAACUGGAAAUUGGUUGGUCUUGUAUCAGACUAUGAUUUAUUAGCUUUGGAUUCCAUAUCAGGUAGAAGAAGUGAUAAUGACAUGUUUCCCGAAGUGGACAGUACAUGGAAAACUUUUAAUAAACUGCAAACUUUGCUCAGUAAAACCGAUGGAAAGUUGGUUGGUGAAGUGAUGACUCCUGCCCCCCUUGUGGUUCGUGAAACCACCAAUCUGGAGGAUGCUGCAAGAUUGUUGCUUGAGACAAAAUACCGUCGACUCCCGGUUGUAGAUGCUAAUGGUAAACUGGUUGGAAUUAUAACACGAGGAAAUGUUGUAAGAGCUGCCCUUCAAAUAAAACGUGAUUAUGAAAAUAAAGCAUAGAGUAUCCAGGUAUUAUUUAUGGAACUUGAUGCAACCCAACAGUGCGAGCUGGAUCUUUUCUGUAAUAUUACGAGGAAAAUCAAAGAAUACUUUGAAAGCGCCUAUCUGCUUCAUUUGUCAAAUUUUGGCUUAUGCUUGUAUAUCACAUUAUUCAUAAUGGUCUUGGUAUAGUAUAAUUAUGAACUACUAGUUCGGGACUAUUUGGCAUU